GUUCAGCAUCAUUCAGGAGGAGACGCAUCAUCGUCAGAGCUUUGUCAACAACGGGGACAGUGGCAAAAACAUCGGCCUGCCCGGCAGAAACUCACUGUUUUUUGGAAGUGGAAUUCAAAUGAAGAAGGACAAAUGAAGUGACCAACAGGAUACAAUGUCAUCGUUCCAGGUGGUGGACUCGCCGCCGGGCAGUAGCCUUAGCAUCAUGGAAACAUCCAACUUUGCCCACGUCAUCUUUCAGAACGUGGGGAAGAGUUUCCCGCCCCAGGUGCCCCUGGAGUGUUGCUACACCAUGACCCCCUACAUCACACCCCACCCCAAAGACUGGGUGGGCAUCUUCAAGGUGGGUUGGAGCACAGCCAGAGAUUACUACACCUUCCUUUGGUCUCCUAUGCCUGAAAACUACGAACCAGGAAGUACAUUGGACAUGACUGUGGUGUUUCAAGGUUAUUAUGUCCCUAAAUCCGAUGGAGAGUUCUACCAGUUUUGUUAUGUCACGCACGUUGGUGACAUUAGAGGAGCCAGUACUCCGUUCCAGUUCAGGUCAGCCACACCCACAGAAGAGCUUCUGACUGUUACCGAGGACGACAGCAACUCCGACAUACUGGUCGUCACCACCAAGACUGGCCUUUUGGAGCAUGUGGAGGACGCGCAGCAGGAGCGCAGGGAGCUGCUGAUGUCCAUGCAUCUGCUCCAGGGGGAGAAACAGCAGCUGCAGGAGGAGCAGAAACGACUGGCCAGGGAGAGGGAGCAGGAGAGGGAGACGUGCUGCCUGCUGCGGACACACAACCAGGAGCUGCUGCGCUCGUCGCAGGGCCUGUCAGAGGAGAGGGAGGACGUGAGGAGGAGGCUGUCAGAGGCCACUGACCGGGUCCGCCAGCUGGAGCAGGACCUGCUGGGAGUCACACAGAGAGGCCUGCAAAAGGAGACGGAGCUCGAUUGUCUGCGCGACCGCCUGAAGAAGCUGACCGCAGAGAAAGACCACCUGGAGAGCCAACUGAAGAACGAGAAGGAUGAGAGAGACCUCUACAAGGCCCACCUGCGCAGCACCGAGCUGGAGAACACUAAGCUGAGCGCAGAGCUGCAGAUGCUGAAGGCGGUGGAGCUGAACCGGGAGGUGACUAUCGCCCAGUUCCAGGAGGAGCUGGACAGGCUCAGGCUCUGCGUUGCUCAGCGGGACAACCUGGAGAAAGAGCUGCUGGCUCACAAGGCUGACAAGGCAGAUUUCGCCCGCGUGCGUGAGCAGCUCCGUCAGGCAGAGGAGCAGCUUCAGGCGUCCCGGCAGCAGGCCUCGCUGCUGGCCUCGGAGCUCCGUGACUCAGCCAGCGCCCGUGACCACACGAUGACUGAGCUGUACCGCGCCCGCUUGGAAGCCGACAAGCUCCGUGCUUGUUUAGCUGAUGCUCAGGCCGAGUGCCAACGCAUGGAGAGCCAGCUAGACCGCAUGAGGAGCACUGCACAGAAGGAAGUGGGUGUUGGGACCAGUGAGGAGAUGACGCCCAGCAUGAUGGUGGUGUCAGAGGCAGAGGCCGAGCUGCAGAGAGAGGUGGAGGAGCUGAAACUGCGUCUUCACAUGGCUGCUGAGCACUACAAGGAGAAGUACCGGGAGUGUCAGCGCCUCCGCAGGCAGGUGGCCAAACUAAACACAACCGAGUCACAGGGGGAGCCAAAGAGAAACGCUUCCACUGAGACAACACAGGAGCCACUGACCCCCAGUCCAGAGUCACCGACAGCAGGUAAUAUAGCUAUUGCAGUCCUACAAGAAGCCGCUGAGAUGACAAUCAGCCCAGAACUUACUAGCAGGGAAUCCACACAUAGCGAUGCAUCCUUCAGCACAGACAUGGAAGAAAGGCAGAGAGAGAAAUUGCCAAAGGAGGGGGGCGAGGCGGAGGCUGAGGGAGAAGCAAACCGAGUGGAGGACGGGGAGAAAGAAGACAAAGCGAAAGAAAAAGAGGAGACGAAGGACGGCAUGCCGGAGGAGAGCCUGAGGAUGACGAGCUGGGUGGAGGUGGAGAACGAGAGGCAGAGCGGGGAGGAGAACAGCGAUGCAGAAAUGGCAGGGAAGGCCGGGGGAGUGAGGGAUGUUGUGGAGCACCGGGUGCCGCUGGAGGUGGAGGGGAGGAGCUUGGGGGAGGCGGAGAAGGCACAGACUCGCUCGGUGGAGGAGGAGCUGGCGAUGAUGGAGGAGAAGUGGAGGCAGCAGUGUGCGAUCAACGAGACGCUCAAACAGCGGCUGGCCAACGAGGAGGAACGAUUCAGAGUGCACAUGGCGGAGCGAGCCAGCGAGGUGACGGAGCUGAAACGUAACCUCGCCCAAGCCCUCCGAGACAAGGAGCAACUGCAGGAGGAGCUGCAGAGCUUCGUGUCCAGGCAGAGGGAGCAGGAAGCUGGUGCUCAGGGUGCUGAGCUCAGGCAGCCGAUGGUGCUGCGCUACCCCCUGCCGUACCCUCAGGACCCCUCUCCUCCACCGCUGGUUCCACACAGGCCUGCUGAGUUGCAGUACGGCAACCCUUACUCCACUGACACCACAAGAGACCGGGUGGAUGUUGCGCUGUCUCCUGAGCACAUGUCCCGUCCUCCACCUGAGGCCCCACCCUGCGCCUCUCCCUGUGCACCGCCAAUCACACCCCUGAGCCCGGGCCCCGGGGCACCAGGCUGGGACCGAGAGGUGGUCUGCAUCCAACCCUGCCGCAGCACGAGCCCCCCGGAGAGCCUGGAGAAUCUGGCCGAGGAGCCACAAAAUGCUGCUGAUGGGGCUCAGCCGUCCUGUGAUCAUCAGUCCAGUAGACGUAGAGAAGCCAGGGGCAGCUUCUGCUUUGACUCCAGUAGUGUUCACAAGCGCUGCCCGUUAUGCGAGGUGAUCUUCCCACCCCACUUUGAGCAGCGCAGCUUCGAGCAGCACGUGGAAAGCCACUGGAAGGUCUGCCCCGUCUGCUCCGAGCAGUUCCCCCUCAACUGUGAGCAGCAGCUCUUCGAGAGGCACGUCCUCACGCACUUUGACGGCCACGUGCUCAACUUCGAUCAGAUUGAAUGAAGGGUGUAAAGGGCAAACUUAGAGUUCUGACACGCCGUGUGGGUAAAUGUGUCGUCGGCUAUUAGUUCAUUUUGAUUGGGUUAAGUUGUCUUGUUAUACAAUCAUUAGCACUUUUUUGCAAUCUUGACAAAGGUUAGAAAGAAUGUAGUCCACUUCUGAAAGGACGCUUGUCCUGUGGCGGCUACUCCACCAAGGUGUUUCAUUAAGUAGGGUAGCUUUCACCUCAAUACACCAUGGUUAAAAAGGAUCGUUACCACUCGGGGGGGGGGGGAGAAAGUGCCACGGUCCUUUUUUGCUUUUGUAUCAUUUCUAUGCUUCUCUUUCUGCUCAAAGGGACUAAAGCACCAUUGGUAGUGCAUGCAUUUAUUCUGUGUUCAAUACUACAAAAUUACAGCUGUUCAAGCUAAGAGUGACUUGUAGCAGGUACUUGAGCGAGAAAGCAUUUUAGUACGUAACUCAUCCUGUUCUUUAACUACCCUGGGUAUUAUUUACAACGAGUGGCCAAGACUUUUUUUUUUUUAAUGUAAAUGCCGAGUGAGAUCUGAAUACGUGAUGUUUUAAAGAAUCACCCGAGUGUGUAUAUUUAAUUAAAGAGUGGUGUAGUGGAGAUUAUUAUUAUUUUUGACUUGAAUGGGGAAAGUGAUUCUUCGAUUUUCUCCCAAACCUACAGCACUGCUGUAUAAAAGACGUCGGAUGGUUUAAACAAAAACAGCACUACGUUUUCAUGUAUCUGCACUAAAUAAGGCUUUAUUCUGAAUGUACUGUACAUAUGAAAAUAAGUAUAAGUUGUGGAGAGACCUGUGAAUUACUGUCGUGACUCCGCCUCCCCUCAUUGUUACUUCCUUCAUGUUUUAGUGUUGAAAGAAUGACGGACCAAUGAUGUUUUUACUUUGGUCAGGUGGUAAGAAACUGGGCUCGUCUCUUUGUUAUCGGAGAUACUGUCGCGUUUUAGGCAAAUAGUCUGCAGGACACUUAAGUUACAGAAACUUUUAUUAUGUAUUAAAGUCAUUGCUUUGUGUGCAGGUCCAAAUCAUGAGUGAGUGUCAUUUCUAUGUGUGUCUCCACAUUCACCGCUUGUCUAUUUUCUGUCAUUUCAAAGUGACCCCUGAUAGUGUUGUAUUCAGACUUUAAAAAUUGCACAUGCCCAGUAAUCACAAUGCAAAUAUGUGUGUAUGUCAUGUGUCCCACGCAGCGCCCCCCCCCCCCCCCCCCUUUUUCAUGUGAGAAUGUCAGGACGGUGGUUUUAAGUGUGUACUGCAAAGAUCUUUAUGAAUAAAGUAAGCUCGUCUUAAUGCAUUUACC